AUGCGCCGCAUCGCGUCCGACGACACCCAGGCUCUCGCUUCUCCUUUUCGCGGCUCUAUGAUUCUCUACAGCCUCGCUACCGGACAUGACGACGCUGACAUCCUCCCAGAGCCUCCACGCCUCUCAGACAACCACAAGUCGUCCUCCGGCGAGUUUGUCAUUACCCUCUUUUACGACUCAAAGUAUCCCGUAGGCAGCUCCACCCGUCAGAGUGCGUUCAUCCCUUACGCGUUCGAUCCCUGGGCCGAUGCCAAAAACGAGCCUGAGGACGACGACUACCUCUACGCGCCUGGCUAUGGCGAUGACCAUGCGUCCUACCGCGUGCCCUCCUGGCGCGGCCUUCUAAAUGUCACUCUCCUCGUCUCCGUCAUAACCACCCUCAUCGCCCUCUUUAUCUGCCACCCCGUUGUCAGCUUCUACCGUGGUGACUCUUACAAUCGCGCCAUCAACAGCAAUGAGGCCGUCAAUGGCACCUGCCAGGUUAAAUCCAUCGCAAAGGCAUCCACGCUCUUCGCUCUACGCGACGUCAUCGACCCCGAUACGCCGCAGGAUGCACGCACGCGCACGGGUUUUGUAGGGCAGCCCUACGUCCUCGUCUUUUCCGACGAGUUCAACACUGACGGCCGUUCCUUCCCCGGUGACGACCCGUACUGGGAGGCCGCCGACCUCUGGUACGGUGCGACCAACGACCUUGAGUGGUAUGCCCCAGAGCAGGUCACGACCACCGGUGGGGCGCUGCACAUCACCCUCGAGCAGGCCGAACCAGACGCUGCAGACAGCCAUACACUCGGAUACCAGAGCGGUAUGCUCCAGAGCUGGAACAAGUUCUGGUUCAGCGGCGGAUAUGUCGAGGUCGCCUUGACACUCCCGGGGCCGGACUCGGACACCCAGGGAUACUCCAUCAGACCACCUCACAGUGCCUCCUCGAUGCUCGGAUCCCCGCCCACGUUCCCGCCUUUGCCGAUCCUCCCGCCCGUGCCCGACCUGUCGCCCAUCGCACUGAGCGCGCGGCUGCACGCGGUGGAGGGCAAAGACUAG